CUAGGGAGUGAGGCACACAAUUCAGGAGAGACCCCUGAAAUCGGAGGCUUAAUCAAGCCGCCGACCCAUCCCACAUAUGCUUCGAAGACUGUGUGCUGACUGAUAGACAUUCAAAGACCCCGGACUUUGUCCGGGGCUUUGUCUAAUUGACGCAAGUUCAUUAUGACAGUGAUAUAGUGUUGGUGGGGUUGUCUCACAAGCUGGAGGGGCCGGGCCAUAGGCUAACCUCGGGGAAUCUCUUGGGUGUGGUGGUGUCAAACUCAAGAGAGGCUGUUUUGUCUGAACCUUCACCCCCUCCUUUUUCUUUGCACGUUAUCACAACUCCAUACUAUUACUGCCUUGACAAACAUUCUGUGUCGAUCUUUCCAGUAUGGUGGCAAGUACUGUUCAGGAGGGAACAGCUUCGUUCCAUUAUGCUAGUCUUCCCCAGCCUGCCCAAACGUGGUACCGGAUCUAUGGCGACAUCAAGGCAGGCACACCAUUAGUAGUCCUGCAUGGCGGGCCGGGCUUUUGCCACAACUACAUGCUGCCCCUGGCUGCACUGGCUUCCGAUCGUGCCGUGAUUCUAUACGAUCAGAUCGGAAAUGGAUUGUCCUCCCACUAUCUGGAGAAACGCGGCGAUCAGGAGUUCUGGACGGUCGACCUAUUCAUCGCGGAGCUGGAAAACCUGCUUCAGCACCUUGGUAUUGCAGGUCAUUUUGAUCUGCUGGGUCAUUCCUGGGGCGGAAUGAUGGGGAUGGAUUUCGCCGCUCGUCAGCCGGCCGGACUGCGCCGGCUGAUCCUAUCGAACUCCCCGGCCUCGGUUGCACUGUGGCUUGAAUCAGUCAACCGACUCCGCGCUACGCUGCCCCAAGAGAUUCAAGACACGCUGCAGAAGUGCGAAGCAGAAGGGCGGCUUGAUUCGAAGGAAUAUGAAGAUGCAACGGUGGAGUUCUUAUCCCGAUUCUGUUGCCGGACACAGCCAUGGCCCGAGGAGCUUAUGCAAAGUCUCGUCUGGACCACGGAGAAGGAUUCUACCGUCGCUGCCAGCAUGCUCGGUCCCUCCGAAUUCUGGGUCGAAGGGUCUCUUAAAAAUUGGAGCGCAUUGGACCGCAUUCACCGGAUCCAGGUUCCCACACUGGUGAUCAAUAGUAAAUAUGAUGAAGCGCAGGACAGCGCCGUGGAACCGCUCUUCUGGGGUAUUGAUAAGGUGAAGUGGAUCACCUUGUCGGAAGGUUCGCACUGCCCGCAGUUCGACGACCGCGAGAAGUACCUGCAGGUUGUUGACGAAUUCUUGGGCCGCGCAUAGUGCUGGGGGUGUUUCUUCGAGGGGGUCACUUAUCGGUUUUAGUUUGAGCUCUAGGGGCCUGAAGACAGUCCGUGCCGUUAGUUUCAGAUGGUUGCAGGAAACCAACCGACUAGUAUGAGAUGGUUGAUGUGCUAAUGUGAACCGAUUUAUGACCAUUGUUCAAUUUGGCGUUAGCCUGC